GCACAAGAUCCUUUGCUCCUCAUCCCUCAACGAUUCCACCUCUUUCUUCUUCCAUCCUCUUAAGCUCUUUCUCUUAGUAUCGGUUAAAGCGAUAUUACACUUGGAAAGUCUAUAGGUUCGAUCCAAUUAGUCAAAUGGGGUUGGUCCGGAAAUCCCAAAUGAGAAAUGGGGAUUACUUGGAAGGGAUGCUGAAUGAAUAUGUUGGUGGAAAGGCCAAGUUCAAAGCUCAUAAGAGUCCCUCUGCUCGCCUUGUUACUGCCCUUACUUGUCUGCAAUUCGCCUUCGCAAUUUAUGCAACCUUCUUGUUGUACUACAUGAGUCCGGCGAUAGACUUACGGUCGAAACCGGACUUUGCAUGGGCUACACGAUUCGCCCAGCACUGGAAACAGCUCAUGAUCCAACCCCAUGUUGUCAGUCACUACCAGGAAGCUUCUUCUCUUGUUGGGGCUGAGACAACACCAAUCAAUCCAUCAGAAGUUUGUGAGCAUGAGAAGAUAGAUUUCAUGCAGAAGAAGUCUAAUGAUGCACAGAUGAUCAAGUUGAAGACAGAGCUUUACAGGGAGGUGUUGGAGUUUCAAAGCAAGUCCUUCGGGACAGAAACUCUUUUGGAGCUUAUGGCAAUGAAAUCUAAAUGGGAUUUGAAGGGUCCAACCAAGCCUAAGGUGACAGUGAUCUUGAACCAUUUCAAGAGGAAAACACUCUGCUCCCAGCUUGACUCAUUGCUUCACCAGACCCUCCCCUUCCACCAUGUGUGGGUGCUUUCAUUUGGGAGCCCAAAUGAGCUCUCACUGAAGAGAAUUGUGGAUAGCUACAAUGAUUCAAGAAUCAGCUUCAUCAGUUCAAGCUAUGAUUUUAAGUACUAUGGAAGGUUUCAAAUGGCCUUACAGACAGAAGCUGAUCUCGUCUACAUCCUCGAUGACGAUAUGAUUCCAGGGAAAAAGAUGUUACAGAUUUUAUCUCAUGUAGCAGGAACUGACAAGUACAAGAACUCGGUUUUGGGCAGCAUAGGGAGGAUUUUGCCUUUCAGACAGAAGGAUUACACCUUCCCAAGCUAUAGAAAGUUCCGAUCAAAGGAGGCAGGCCUUUAUUUGCCUGACCCUGCUUAUGAUAUCACAGUCGAUAAGAUCGUGCAGGUGGACUUUCUUUCCAGCUCAUGGUUCCUAUCUGCAGAGCUCAUCAAGACCCUUUUCAUUGAGACUCCCUUCACCUUCAUGACCGGAGAAGAUCUGCACCUCAGCUAUCAGCUUCAGAAGUACAGAGAUGCUGGCUCAUUCGUUCUUCCUGUUGAUCCAAAUGACAAGGAAACUUGGGGUGACAGUGAACACAGGCUUGCUUAUGUGUCUGAAACUACUGUUAUUUUCAAGGACAUUGUUCAAGUCCGGGAUGAUCAAUGGUGGAAGGCACUUUCUACUGGUUAUGUGACUCAGUGGGCUGCAAUGAAUCCUCAGAAAAUUGAUGCACUCUUCUAUGCCCACUCUGUAAAUGAAGUUAAGGCGCUUGCACCCCUUCUGGAGAAGUUCAGGUCUACUGUUGGGAAGAAGGCCUAUAUUGCGAUCUCAGGAGGCAAUUUCUGCCCUUGUGAAGAUGCUGCCACAGCAUUAAAAUGGCCUAAGUCAGUAUGCAGAGAAAGGAGAUUUAAGAUAUUUGAUUUGGGAGUUGGGGCUCUUUCUGGAAUAUCUAAUUCAGAAGUGCCUGUGGUGCAAGCAGUGUACUCUAGCAUGAAAGGAUUGAUCAAAAUGCACAACCCCAGUGUGGUGAUCACUCUCUCUGACAUUGAUCCUCAUGUGAGGAAAGCUUUGAAGAUGGCCUCAGAGACUAAUUCAAAUGGUUCAACAUUGGUUCUUUUACCAAGAGCUUCUGUACCAAAGGUUCUUUGGAUGGCUGAUCUUCGGUCCACGGCAUUGCCAAAUUGGAACCGGAUGCGAAUCUCCAUCAGUAUAAUCACCCAAAACCGUGCCACCUCAUUAACAAGACUUCUCAAAUCUUUGAGCAAUGCCUUCUAUACCGGGGAUGAGGUCUCUAUCGCCUUCAACAUGGACAGCAAGGUGGACGAAGAGACUAUCAGGCUUGUGAGUAAUUUUGACUGGCCCCAUGGCCCCAAGACUCUUAGAAGGAGGAUCAUUCAGGGAGGGCUCAUCCGAGCAGUCAGUGAGAGCUGGUACCCUGCUUCUGAUGAUGAUUAUGGACUUCUACUCGAAGAUGACAUUGAAGUCUCUCCUUACUACUAUCUCUGGAUCAAGUAUGCCCUCCUGGCAUACCACUACGAUCCCCAGGUGUCUCUUCCUGAGCUCUCCUCUAUCUCUCUCUACACCCCUCGUUUGGUUGAAGUAGUGAAAGAACGGCCCAAAUGGAAUGCAACCGAGGUAUUCAAGCAUAUUCAUCCAAACACCCCUUACCUCCACCAGUUACCCUGCAGCUGGGGGGCAGUCUUCUUCCCCAAGCAGUGGAGAGAAUUCUACGUAUACAUGAACAUGAGGUUCACGGAAAAUGCCAAGGAAAACCCAGUUCAGAUUCCAAAAUCCAGAACUAAUGGUUGGCAAGCUUCAUGGAAGAAAUUCCUGAUCGACAUGAUGUAUCUCAGAGGGUAUGUCAGUCUGUAUCCAAACUUCCCAAAACAGCACAGCUUUUCGACCAACCACAUGGAGCCAGGAGCCCACAUCAGCGCAAAGGAUAAUGUGGUCAAGCACGACAAGACAGAUUUCGAAGUGCCAUUGCUGAAGGAGGACUUCCGGACUCUGUUGCCGGGCGGGAAGAUGCCUCCAGCCUCAAGGCUGCCGUCAGUAAACCUCUUCAACCAGCCUGUUUCUCUCAAGGGGCUAAAGGCUGCCGGAGCCAAGCUGGGGCAGGAUGUGCUUCGAUGCGACAAUCUGACUGAGAUCGUGGCUGUUGAUCAUCAAACUGGUCUGCCCGCUGCCUGCGUCAAAUUCUGAUGAUUGAUUUGUUGUUAAGUUUCAUUCUUUGUUUCUUUCCAUAUAUUCGUUAAAAGUGUAAUGUUAUUUACAAAUGGGGUGACUGAGUGGAGGAAACGGUACUGAAGCAGAAAGUGGCUCUCAGUGGUUCUUCCCCAUUGUAAAUCCCAUUGUCGUGGGAGGGGAGUAGGAUUCUUGGUCGGAAAAUGGUUCGUAUACUUUCAAUCUUGCAAUGAAGUUUGUUUUUUCGCAAA